AUGACCCCGAGUGAACGAGACUCGAGCGCCAAGCGUGCGCGGUCGACGUCGCGCGCACGCAACUCGCGGCCGACAACCCCGCUGCGGCCGUCGUCGCGGUCGUCGUUCCGGGAGUCGGCGCGGGAGAGCGUGUCGGGCGAGGCGCCCUUCCCCCUGAACACGUUCGAGCCGGCGUUCGCGGAGCUGUCGGACGCCAUGGCGGACCUCGAGGCGAACAUGAUGCACUUCCAGCUCAUGCACGAGAGUCUGGCGCGCUUCAGCGAGAGCUUCGCCAGCUUCCUGUACGGCCUGAACAUGAAUGCCUUCUGUGUCGACUUUCCUGAGGCUCCGUUACUCGAGUCUUUUCGGAGAAUGAAGCAAUUGGAAGAACAGGGUGAGAAAGCUUCCGGCGGGGAAUUCGACGGCGAGACUACAUUCAUGACAACGGAUACAUCGUUUGUUGAGAACCCUCCGACUUCGUCCAAGCCAAACCCCAAGUUCCAGACGCCAACACCCAGCACUCGGCAGUCGCGCGUCCCGGCGCCGUCUACAAGGGGGGCAGCGAGAGGGGGGCGUAGCGGCGGCGGCACCCGAGGAGGGCGGCCUAGUGGGCUCGCAAGACCUCGGGGCCGGGGGGUGAGGUGA